AUGGCGGACUGUGCUUCCCCAUCAAGCAAAGGCCGCUGGCAGCUUCCUCACUGCAGGUGCCCCAGAGCCCCACUCACACUGCCAGCACCCAGCUACACCCCCCCCAACCAGAAGGAAGAGUCACUGAAGUGUGCAGAGGACUACAUUGCCAGAGUCCAGAAGGAAGGCCAGCGGUACCAGGCACUGAAGGCCCACGUGGAGGAGAAUCUCCGGCUGGCCAACGAGGAGAUCGCCCAGGUCCGGAGCAAGGCCCAGGCAGAAGCGCUGGCCUUCCAGGUGAGCCUACAGAAGGAGCAGCUGCGUGUCCAGUCGCUGGAGAAGGCCUUGGAGCAGAAGGUGGGUGUGGCCUGAGGCCCGGGAGCGGGAGGAACGUGGCCCUGUGGUUUGGGACCUGCCCUGUCAUGGCCUCGUGGCCUGCUGGCUCCCAAGCUGGGCCACAACCCUCCUCCAAAAUGCCUCUCUGUUCCAGGCCAGGUGCCCCCUGGGCCCUGCUGCCACCUCUGAGCACUGGGAGAUGGAGGGUGGACACUCCUCUUUCAGACAGAAGAAAAUGAUGAGCUCAUCAGAAACUGCGAUGACCUCAUUUCCAAGAUGGAGAAGAUCUGAUCUGGAUCCCUGCCCUGCUCACCUGCCCUCCUGUCUGUCUGUCUGUCUGUUAGGUUUCAUGUUCUUUCUCCUCUCUCACCUCAGCUCAUGUUUAAACUGAUUACUUUAGAAAGGAGACUAAAUAAAAUGUGAGUUCA